AGGAUUCCGUGGUGGAGCCUCGAGCACAAUUCCAACAUUGUUCCGCGCGAGUUAGCUGGUGACUUGUGUUGUGUUGGUCAAAAAACUUUUAAUUAACCUUGUUACUUUUACAAAACUACAGUAAACAAAGGAGUAUAAUGUUUCUAUCACGACAAUGAGUCGGACUGUGGAUUUUUAUUUCGUCUUCAAUGGGCGUUUGGUGUGACGUUAAGUUUCUGCGGCUUCAUUCCCAACAGGAUGCGGGGAGUUCGAGGCAGGACGGACGCGUGCGCCGUGAUGGGAUGGGAUUAAACUGACGCUCCUCUGGAUGUGGACUGCAGGGAGGUGAAACCAUGGCGACAGGUCGGAGGAACGACGAGGACGAGGCGAGUUACCGCGCCAACACCCCGCAGUGUGAGGACAUGUGUGAGCAGAAGGAGUCUCCGGUGUCCGUGUUCCAGUCAGAGGACGAGGCGUUCUUGUGGCCCGGGAUGAAGACAGUGCGGUUACGGCGCACAGCGAUGGGCUUUGGUUUCACCCUGCGGCACUUUAUUGUGUACCCACCUGAGUCUGCUGUACACUCCACUUACAAGGACGAAGACGGGGACCAUCGAGGACGAGCCCGGAGCAGACUGGAGCCCAUGGACACCAUCUUUGUGAAGCAGGUUAAAGAGGGAGGGCCUGCACACGGAGCCGGACUCUGUACAGGAGAUCGAAUAGUGAAGGUGAAUGGAGAGAGCAUCAUUGGGAAAACGUACUCCCAGGUGAUUGCAGUGAUCCAGAACAGUGACACCUUUCUGGAGCUGAGCGUGAUGCCGAGGGAUGAAGACAUAUUACAGCUGGCGUACUCGCAGGAUGCUUACCUUAAAGGUCAUGAUGCCUACAGCGGAAACGCUCGCCACAUCCCGAAGCCACCUCCCGUAUGUUACCCUCGAGUAGACUGUAAACCUCUCGGGAUGGCUGAGGCGACAGAAAUCGGCGCCACAGGGGGGCUGCAGUCGGAUUUGGGAUACCGCAUGGAGAUUCCAGUACCACCUUCUCCUCCACCGAGGAUCCCGAAGACGCAAACGGCGGUGUGUGUGUGCAAUGAAAGUGUUCGGACGGUGGUGGUGCCGGCGGAUGUCCAUGUGGCCCACAUGGUUCCCACUGUUCCCGAUCCUAUGCUGAUGAGAACGAGGUCAUAUCUUCACCCACGCAAACCUGACCUGUAUUCUCCUGGUUACCAUGGAGAUUCGUAUGCUGUUCCACCGCCUCGUUAUCACCCGUCUUCUUCAUCCGUAUCUCCGGCUUCCCAUCAGAAUAUCGACUGGCGGACAUAUCAGACUUACAGGGAAUACAUCGACCACAAAGGCCUCCACGCGUACAGUCGGACGAUCCAGGAGCGCUUGGACAGUUUGCGUGCUGCUGCUGCUGCUUCUCAGACUUCUUCAAAUUUUGCGCAAAAAUCUACUUGGGGCAAUAAAGUCCGACGCAGGAGUACGUCCCACGACCGGUCCUAUCAAGGACCCCCUAUGCUUCCGCCUCGCAGUGCCUCCCAGGACCGGAUGACAGGGGUGGAAAGAGUGUCCAGAGCACAAGACUGGCCUCCUCGGAGUGUCUCGGACGGAAUCAUUCGGAAUGCUCGUUUUCAUUCCACGGACUACAUCGAGCACGGUGAAAUGGCUCCGUGGCCUGUCGAGCGGAGAGGUUACGGCAGGACAGAACAAGGGCCGUGUCCUAAUCGGCAGCCCGCUCCCCAGAGACCGGGGAUGUAUCAGAAUUCUUACGGAAACAGCGUCCGUGGUAGGUCUGGGCCACAUCAGCUGAGCUGUAGAACGGACAUCCCGCCUCCUGUCGUUUCUUCCGACAGAAUUUCACGUGCCAGCAAAAGUCAGUCCAAGGAGGUGCAGUCAUGUAAAGACCAAAGACUUUUCAGUAAUCAUGUUACAGUUUCGGCGGAUAGCCAGCAGUCCAGGACUCGUGCAGAGACAAUGCAAAGUACAGAACCGGUUAAAGAAUCCUCGGUGAAUCAAAGGUCAACCUCCUGCUCCGUACCUACGCCUCAGAGGCAAACUCGGGGCACAAGGAUCCACCCGCGGGAUCUCAAGGGAAUACCGGUGAACGGGUGCAGUCCUGUGGAAGGUGUGGUGAUGCGAGAAAAAACAGCAGGGAAAAUUGCACCGCUACGCCAUCCUUCCUACAUUCAGGCGCAGGAGCAUCAGGGCUCCCUGUUUAGCUCUGCUAACCUGAACGAAUCGCUCGACGCCAUCCCCUUCAUCGACGAGCCGGCGAGCCCGAGCGUGGAUCAGGACGGCAGUAACAUCUCCGCUUCGGCUGUGAUCUCCGCGGCUCAGAGCGCGGCGGCCGACUCUCACGGCUCCGACACGCCCAGCCCUCACAUGCGCAGGCAGCUGUCUCACGACCAGGAAUCGCUCCGGAGCGCUAUCCUAGAACAGAGUGGAAGUAAAACAGAACGCUCCAAAUCGUACGACGAAGGUUUGGACACGUACAGGGAGGAGGGGCGACGGCGUUCCAGUAAACCCAGUCUGAAGGUGUUCAGGAAGGCUCUGGACGGUCACAAAUCGUCGGACGAGUCCAGCUCCAGGAGGGACUCCAGCUCGGACAUCUUCACGGAUUUCUUUAAGGAGGGUUGGCUGCAUUUCCGUCAGCUCAGCGUGGAUAAGAACAAACGUGUGGGCGGAGGAAUGCGGGCGUGGAAGCAGAUGUAUGCGGUGUUGCGAGGCCACUCCGUCUUCCUUUAUAAGGACAGAAAGGAGGCUCACGUACACUCGCAGCUCGACGAAGAUCCGCAGCAGGUGAGCAUCAAAGCCUGCCUCAUCGACAUCUCCUACAGCGAGACCAAGCGCAAAAACGUCUUCCGGCUCACCACGUCCGACUGCGAGUACCUGUUCCAGGCCGAGAGUCGCGAUGACAUGCUGUCCUGGAUACGAGCCAUUCAGGAGAACAGCAACAUGGAUGACCAGAACGCUGGUGUAACGAGCACCGACCUGAUCAACAAGAAGAUUAAAGAGUACAUCUCCAUGAGUGCUCCUACUAGUAAGACAGAACCUUCACCCAAAGCUUUGCGACAGUCUCUGAGCAUUAAACACACCCUGCUGGGGGUGACAGGGGGCAGGAGUCAGAGCACACACUCUCCCAGGACCGAGCAGGAGAGGAGCAGUAAAGACGACUCCAGUCCACCACGGGACAAAGCUGCCUGGAAGAGAGGAAUCCCAGGGCUGAAGAAGAAGCCACAGGAGAAGAAGCCCACAGCUGGUGUGAUGUUCGGAGUGAGACUGGACAACUGUCCUCCUGCACAGGACAACAGGUUUGUUCCUCUGAUAGUGGAGGUGUGCUGUAAGCUGGUGGAGGAGAGAGGGUUGGAGUACACAGGGAUCUACAGAGUCCCCGGGAACAACGCAGCCAUCUCCAGCAUGCAAGAGGAGCUGGACACCAAGGGGAUGACGGACGUGGACCUGCUCGAUGACAAAUGGCGGGAUCUAAACGUCAUCUCCAGUUUACUCAAAUCCUUCUUCAGGAAACUCCCAGACCCUCUGUUUACUAACGAGAAGUAUUCCGAUUUUAUUGAGGCGAAUCGAACGGAGGACGGCGUGGAGCGGUUAAAAGUGUUAAAGAGACUGAUCCAUGAGCUUCCUGAGCAUCAUUAUGAAACCCUGAAGUUCCUGUCUGGUCAUUUAAAGACCGUCUCUGAGAACUGUGAGAAAAACAAGAUGGAGCCUCGUAACCUGGCCAUCGUGUUCGGCCCGACGCUGGUCAGAACCUCAGAGGACAACAUGACACACAUGGUCACUCACAUGCCUGAUCAGUACAAAAUCGUGGAGACGCUCAUUCAGCAGUAUGACUGGUUCUUCUCAGAAGAUGGAGAUGAAGAACCUGUAACGUCUGUGGAGCAGGAGAGCACGGUUCAGUCUCAGCCGGUUCCCAACAUCGAUCACCUGCUGACCAACAUCGGCCGCACCGCUCCCUCACCUGGAGACGUAUCAGAUUCAGCCACCAGUGACUCUGCUAAAUCAAAGCAGGGCUCCUGGGGCUCAGGUAAAGACCAGUACAGCAGAGAGCUGCUGCGCUCGUCCAUCUUCGCCAGCCGCAAGCGCAAAAAACCCAAAGACAAACCUCAGAUGAGCAGCUCGGAGGACGACCUGGACGCCAGCUUUUCCAAGAAAGAACUUCAGGAGGAGAGCGAGAGGAACCGUGAGCGGAGCGAGGAGGUGGAGAGCGAGACGGGAGCGUGUGAUCAUCUAGAGAAAUCGGAGCGGUCGGAACAGAGCGUCGACGUUCCGACCGAAUUUAAAUCCGACAUCCUGCCUCUGAAACCGCCGCAGUUCGAUAAAUCCGGCGAGUCUCCUAAAAGACACCGAGCGCAGAGAGAGAGGGAAUUGGUGCGUCAGAAUUCGCUCUCAGAUCCACCGUCUACGUCGUACGAUGAAGGCUGCGUGUCUGAUUUGGGAACGCUGAACAGCACGAGCUCUCAGGCGUCCGGGCCCAGAGUCAGACAGGGCAGGAUUCCGGGUCCCUGGACAGAGAACGCAGGAGCCGAGGUGUGCAGCAUCACGUCCGAUUACUCCACCACGUCGUCCAUGACGUUCCUGACAGGGAUCGAGUCCACCGCGCUGAGUCCGGCUCACGACGCUGACGACGAGAGGAGCGAGCUCAUCAGCGAAGGCAGGAACAUCGAUUCGGACAGCGAGAGCAACUUAUCCGUGUUCGCUCUGACCCGAGACGACGGAGAGUCCGAAGACGUUUUAUCCGUGCGAGAAGAAUGUGGGGACUCGCCUUUUCAGAAUUCCCCCAGCCUCCUGGUGUCACAGCGCAUCGUGGCUGGGGACACGUUAGCGCGGAAGAGAGGAAGUCGGCAAAAAACGGACAGCGAGUCGUCGACCGACGGCGGACGCAGCGAUAAAGAGUCAAGGAUCUCCAAAAUGCUGGAUGUCGUCAAGGGGAAACCCGGCAGCAGUGAAAACGAGUCCGUGUGGCGAAUCAAAAUCACAGAUCGCCUUAAGUGCAGACUCCGUGCUUCUGCCGACGACAUGUUCGGUGUGGGAUCUCAGCGCACUAGAUCCCCCGAGACGCGUAGCAAACGCAAGACCAACAUACGCCGCCGGCACACCAUGGGCGGCCAGAGGGACUUCGCCGAGCUGUCCGUCCUCACCGGCUCCGAGCUCUCGGCCAUGGAUCGCUUAAAACCCAAAUGCAGCUCACAGGACUUCUCCAUUGCAGACUGGAUCGUCAGAGAACGCCACCGCACAAGCAACCCGGAGGUCAGCCUGGAAAACUCGGACCUUUUCACCUCGGGGGCCUUGGGAUCCGGUUCGGGAAUGUUAAACGGAGAAGCGACUGUGGCUCAGCUCAAAAGCUUCAGCUUGGCCUCCGACGCUCAUCCACACAAACUGUCCGGGGUUCAGGUGGUUCGCUCGCGGUUCCAUCAGUACCUGUGAAGGAACACAGCCGGUUCUGAUCGGGUUCUGAUACUGACUGAAGUGUGAGUGAGCGUGUGGAAAGGUACUUAAAGCCAGGAGUUAUUUUUUUUAUACUGGAUGUAAAAAAAAAAGUGAAGAAGGAAGGUACUGACGAAGGUUUCUGGUGGUCAGGAGGAGGUUUUUCACCUCCCUCUGACUCCCAGAAUCUGUUUUUAAUUAUUUCCUGUAAACGAAUGAAUUGUGAUUCGACUCGAGGUCUCGGAGUGAAGAGGAACGUCUCUCGCUGUCAGACCUGAAGAGCCCCAGUGUUACCGCCCCGUUUAACAAUUCCACUGGAAUAACCAUGAUGAAUAACGUGAUUUUAGUAAAGUUUCUCUGACGACUUGUUUUGGCAAGUGUAAAGUCUCAACCCAACCAAAAUGAAGAAUGUAUCUAUUCUCUGAUCUGCUUGCUCUAUCGCUUCAUUCGCUCUCUCUCUCUCUCUCUGUUUUUAUUUGUACAUAGCUCCUUACUUUUAAUGUACUUGUAAUGAUUUUUUUUUCCAGCGUUUGAACUUUUGUGUAGUGGUGUUUUUUUUUUUUUAUAAAUAUAAAAAUUAAGGCAUCUCUCACGUUGCCACUUACACGUUCAGUCGUACGACCAUCCAAAAAAAAAUGAUUGAUAAAAGUAAGAUUUGCGUUAAGAAAUUGUGCUGGAUCUGUGCUGGAUCUGUGCUGGAUCUGUGCUGGAUCUGUGCUGGAUCUGUGCUGGAUCUGUGCUGGAUCUGUGCUGGAUCUGUGCUGGAUCUGUGCUGGAUCUGGAGUUUCUUUUCCCAUCAGCUCCACCAGAGGGCGCUGGUUUGUGUUUAAUAGCUGAUCUCGAACACCGUUUCCCUGCGUCGAGAAAAUCUCCUCACUCCAUACGUGUACGUCACGUGUACUGACGUGUAAAGACAGAAGCUGAACAUUUACCUAAAUAAAGCUAGAGGGCAGUUGGUUCAGCUUCUGAUCCACAAAUACAAGAGAAAUGUUGAUAACUGUUACACCAGAGGGCUUAAAGGUGAUGUAAUGUGGGAACCACGUGAGAGUCAAGCACGUAACAAGAGACAAAAACACAGGCCACGCCCACAAGAGACUAACUAGGGAGUAGCGUGACGAUUGUGAACACGUGAUUGACAUCAACACUCCUCACAAGAGGCUUUUUAUUGCCUUUAAAAUGACGACUAAAUCACAUCGCUUUAGUUUUUAAUUCUCGCUGCAGGGAAACGUGGUGAAAUUCACACAGAGACCGAACACCUGCGUACCGUCUGUACAUCUGUUCGCAUUCCACUUCUGUCUUAACACCUUUUUUUAUUCUAAACAAACAAUCUUUGCAUUUCAGCGUUUUAGACUUUUGUGUAAAAUUGUGACACGUCUCUCCCGUCACUUCACUCGUCACCAUGGUGACCGGUGUCUAGACUGGGCGGGGCCGAGGGACCGGACUGGACCACGUGCUUCAUCUCUAGGGUGUGUGUGUGUGUGUGUGCGUGUGUGAUUGUGUGCGUGCGUGUGUGUGGGGUCUUGUUUGUUUUUUUUUCUAUCAUGCCCUGUUCAUGGAUGUGGACAAAUGAAACACUGGAAGAAACAACAAAUAAAAAUAAAAACACUUUGUGUGUGAACAGGA